GAAGCCAUUUUAGUCGAAUCCAUCAUGGCCUACAGGGCAUUUCUGCAGUUUCGUGGAGGAACUAUGCUGAUAUAGCUGAUGCUGACGUCGCAGUUAUUGGUUCUGGGCCUGGAGGAUAUGUUGCUGCUAUUAAAGCCGCUCAACUUGGCUUUAAGACUGUUUGUGUGGAGAAAAAUGAAACAUUGGGUGGAACCUGUUUGAAUGUUGGCUGUAUUCCUUCCAAGGCUUUGCUGAACAACUCACAUCUGUAUCAUUUGGCCCAUGGAAAGGAUUUUGCUAGUAGAGGAAUUGAAAUUACAGGACUCCAGCUGAAUUUAGAGAAGAUGAUGGAACAGAAAAGUGGUGCAGUAAAGUCUUUAACGAGUGGAAUUGCCCAUUUGUUUAAACAGAACAAGGUCACACAUGUGCCUGGGUUUGGAAAAAUAACUGGGAAAAACCAAGUCACAGCAACCAAAGAGGAUGGCAGCACUCAGGUUAUCAAUACAAAGAAUAUCCUCAUAGCCACAGGUUCAGAAGUUGCUCCCUUCCCUGGAAUUAUGAUUGAUGAAGACACAAUUGUAUCAUCAACUGGUGCAUUAUCCCUGAAACAAGUCCCUGAAAAGAUGGUUGUCAUUGGUGCAGGAGUCAUUGGUGUGGAAUUGGGUUCAGUUUGGCAGCGUCUUGGUGCAGAUGUAACAGCUGUUGAAUUCUUAAGCCAUGUUGGUGGAAUGGGUAUUGAUAUGGAGAUCUCCAAAAACUUUCAGCGCAUCCUUCAGAAACAAGGACUCAAAUUUAAAUUAAAUACCAAGGUUACUGGUGCCACCAAGAGGCCAGAUGGAAAAAUUGACGUUUCUAUUGAAGCAGCUGCUGGUGGGAAGUCAGAAGUGAUCACCUGUGAUGUGUUACUUGUUUGCAUUGGUCGACGUCCUUUUACUCAGAACCUUGGUUUGGAAGAUGUUGGAAUUGAGCUUGAUAACAAGGGUAGAAUACCAAUCAACACCAGAUUCCAAACCAAAAUUCCAAACAUUUAUGCUAUAGGUGAUGUAGUUGCUGGGCCAAUGCUGGCUCACAAAGCUGAGGAUGAAGGCAUUCUCUGUGUUGAGGGAAUAGCUGGAGGUGCAGUUCACAUUGACUAUAACUGUGUGCCCUCAGUAAUUUACACUCAUCCUGAAGUUGCCUGGAUUGGCAAAUCAGAGGAACAAUUAAAAGAGGAGGGGACAGAAUACAAAAUUGGAAAGUUUCCAUUUGCUGCUAACAGCCGAGCUAAAACUAAUGCUGACACAGAUGGCUUGGUGAAGAUACUUAGUCAGAAAUCAACAGACAGGAUGCUGGGUGCUCACAUUCUAGGCGCAGGUGCUGGAGAGAUGAUUAAUGAAGCUGCUCUUGCUAUGGAAUAUGGAGCAUCAUGUGAAGAUGUAGCCAGAGUUUGCCAUGCCCAUCCAACGGUGUCAGAAGCCUUCAGGGAAGCAAACCUCGCAGCCUCUUUUGGCAAAGCUAUCAACUUCUAAAAUUAUGUGCAGAAGUGGAUUGAGGCCAGGGCCCUUUUGAGCCUGUCUCUUCAGAGCUGGCUGAAAGGACCCAUGAGUUGGUGAGAGAGCCAGAAUCUACGUGGGUUUACGUGGAAGUGAUAGCAAGAACUCUGAGUGAAGCGAAGAUGAAGUGUGUUUGUGAAACUGGGGGAGGAAGAUCUGGGACAUGUGGAAUUGGGGGGAGGGGGGGGGUCCUCCACGGGGAAGCCUUAUAUUAUGAUGGAUCCAUGAUGCAUUUACUUUUGAUCCACCUCUGCCUUUUGGAUAAAUGUUUUUUGAAAGCUUUCUAUAUGUCCCUUCUGCACAAUGCCUGCUCUCUACUAUGAAGCUCACCAAAACAAUGGGAAAUUUUCACAAAAUCUUGGGGAAAACUCACGCUGCUUUCCCCCCUUUUUUGAAGGGCUCUCUACCUGUUUGAACACUAAGGUGAAUUUUUACACACAUUUCAUCUUGUUUUUCUCAAAACAGAAAACCUAGGAAAUGGACUCUCAACUACUUACUAAUAGUUGGGAGAUCUGGUUCUCCCUAAUCUCUCUAAAUAAAUAAAAUUCAAGCCCUUA